CUAAUUGAACAAGGUAACCUGGGCCGCCUAUAAAGCGGGAGCGCGGCGGGGUUUGGAGCGCUGGAGGCGGCAGCAGGUGGCGCGGGAGGCUGCAGCGUGCCAUGGGGCUCCCGGCUCUUCUGGCCAGUGCGCUCUGCACCUUCGUGCUACCGCUGCUGCUCUUUCUGGCUGCGAUCAAGCUGUGGGACCUGUACUGCGUGAGCAGCCGCGACCGCAGCUGCGCCCUCCCCUUACCCCCUGGGACUAUGGGUUUCCCUUUCUUUGGGGAAACAUUACAGAUGGUGCUGCAGCGGAGGAAGUUCCUUCAGAUGAAGCGCAGGAAAUACGGCUUCAUUUACAAGACUCAUCUGUUUGGGCGGCCCACGGUGCGGGUGAUGGGUGCGGACAACGUGCGUCGCAUCUUGCUUGGAGAACACCGGCUGGUGUCGGUCCACUGGCCUGCGUCGGUGCGCACCAUCCUGGGCUCUGGCUGCCUUUCCAACCUGCACGAUUCUUCUCACAAACAGCGCAAGAAGGUGAUUAUGCGAGCCUUCAGCCGCGAGGCACUCCAGUGCUACGUGCCGGUGAUCACUGAGGAAGUGAACAGUUGCUUGGAGCGAUGGCUGAGCUGCGGCGAGCGUGGCCUCCUGGUUUACCCCGAGGUGAAGCGCCUCAUGUUCCGCAUCGCCAUGCGCAUCCUGUUAGGCUGUGAGCCUGGGCAUGCUGGCGGCCGGGAGGACGAGCAGCAGCUAGUGGAGGCCUUCGAGGAAAUGACCCGCAAUCUUUUCUCGCUGCCCAUAGACGUGCCCUUCAGUGGACUAUACCGGGGCAUGAAGGCGCGGAAUCUCAUUCACGCGCGCAUCGAAGAAAACAUCCGCGCCAAGAUCUGCCAGUUGCGGGCGGAGGAGACAGGCGAGGGUUGCAAAGACGCGCUGCAGUUGUUGAUUGAGCACUCCUGGGACAGGGGAGAGCGGCUGGAUAUGCAGGCACUAAAGCAAUCUUCAACUGAGCUUCUCUUUGGAGGACAUGAAACCACGGCCAGUGCAGCAACAUCUCUCAUCACUUACCUGGGGCUCUACCCACAUGUUCUCCAGAAAGUUCGAGAGGAGCUAAAAAGUAAGGGCUUACUUUGUAAGAGCAAUCAAGAGGACAAGUUGGACAUGGAAAUUUUGGAACAACUUAAAUACAUUGGGUGUGUUAUUAAGGAGACCCUCCGACUGAAUCCCCCGGUUCCAGGAGGGUUUCGAGUUGCUCUGAAGACUUUUGAAUUAAACGGAUACCAGAUUCCCAAAGGCUGGAAUGUUAUCUACAGUAUUUGUGAUACUCAUGAUGUGGCAGAAAUCUUCACUAACAAGGAGGAAUUUAAUCCUGAGCGAUUUAUGCCACCUCACGCAGAGGAUGCAUCCAGGUUCAGCUUCAUUCCAUUUGGAGGAGGCCUUAGGAGUUGCGUAGGCAAAGAGUUUGCAAAAAUUCUUCUCAAAAUAUUUACAGUGGAGCUGGCCAGGCAUUGUGACUGGCAGCUUCUAAAUGGACCUCCUACAAUGAAAACCAGCCCCACUGUGUAUCCUGUGGACAAUCUCCCUGCAAGAUUCAUCCAUUUCCAGGGAGAAAUAUGA